GUAGAGUAUAGUGGACACUCUUGUAUCUACCCGCUUCUUCUGUUACUGUUACCAAGUACUACAACGGCUGCUGCUGCUGUUUAUACUCUGUUACUUCUGUUAGACUUGUUUCCAUAACCUCAGUGAAUUAAGUUUGUUUUUAAUUCCCCGAGUAAAGAAACUUGUCAAGAGGAAAACGAAAGAACUGUGCUAACCUUGCCACACUCUCGAAAGACGAAACACAUAAUCUUCUGAACAGAAUCUUCGGAACAAACAGUAUAAAACAUCAAGCGAAAGACUGAAGACAAGAAAAAUAUCAGAAACGAAUAAAAAAGACAGAAAAAAUGGAUAAAAGGGAUUAAAGAGAAUACCAGAAACAGAACAUAAAAGAAAAAAAAAUAAUACGAAGAAGAAAAAGUUAAGAAAACAUUUCGCAAGAAGAAUAUUUAAACAUAACUUGGAAAUAUUUAAAGAUCAAAGGAAGAAAAAUUAGCAAAAAUGAAUCCUCGGUCCCUCUUGAUCUUUCUCCUGACGGCGACGCUGACGGGAGCUGACAACGUGGCUCUCUUCUGGAACCUUUACGACGCGGUGGUGUCCGGGGGGCGCAUCCUGCAUGACGUGGCGGAGGGUGUGGGCGCGGUGUCCAAGGCCAUCCGCGCCAUUGAUAAUUUCCUGGACACCUCAGCACAUAUCCAGGUGACCGAGGCGUUAUCAUCAAAGGCCGAGGAGACAAAGGACAGCCAGGCGCUGGCGACGCAGGAGCCAGACCCUCUCAUUGACCCAGAUGAUAUUCCAAUACCAAGCACCUUCAGUGGGUGUGGCGCCCUUGGCCUGCACAUACGUGAUGACUCCCUGCCCAUCACCACCAUGACGGAUUGUUGCAGCACCCACUUCUCCUGCUACUCCUCCUCCUGCAAGGUCAACAAGAAGGAGUGUGACGGAAAGCUCAAGUCGUGUCUGUACGUGGCGUGCGAUGGCCGCGGCUCGGAUAAAAUACUACAGAAGAGUUGUAAGGGCGCCGCCAAGCUUCUGUUCUCAGGGACUAUGGCGCUCUCCUUCCAGCAGUUCAACGCGGCGCAGGAAAAACUCGGGUGCAAAAAACCAUUGCCACCGCCACAGAAGUAUGGAAAGAAAGGAUGAAGGUAAACCUGCAAAUGAACAUCCAUGGAAAAAGUGAUCUCAUCUUUCCAUUGAGUUUGUUUCCUGCAAUUUUUCCUCCAAGAGAUCCACUGUGUGGGUUGCUGGAAAACGGAUACGAAUACAACCUUAUGUUAGGGAUUGUGGUGUAACGCGUUGUCACCACUGUGCGUGUCAUAUGUGCCUUGCUAAGAGUUUCCAGUAUACCCCUAAUAAUCUCUGGACCCUUCUCACGUAUACUAUAUAGAAGUUCAUCCCAUUUUGAAGUAGUUAUAUUUCCAUCACGUCACCUCGUCCAUGCCAGAACCUCAGACGGGAAACUUGCCCGUCACUCAGCCCCACCUGGCCAGACUUCCUAUUACCACACAACCCAAGCGCUGAGGAACCUUGUCGGGUAGGAAUAGCACGUAUUGACUGACUCAUAGAGGUGAUUGUUUCCUGCAAGAUGUGAGUGGACUGGAGGACAAAAUAUUCACUUGAUAAUCUGAGCUUUGUUGCUUGUGUCCCCCGGUGCGAGACGUUUUCCUUUUAUACAAUUUCAGUGAUAAAUCAGAAGGGAAAAAUGUUUAAUACUCUCCUUUUAUACAUUGCCUAACUUUGAUUAAUGAACUGUGAUUGCCUUAACAGGAAGCUUUUAAUAUUGUAGUGCUGUUUUGUCUUUGGCGUUCUGUUUAAUAGUCAUGGAACGUGACUCGCUGUUCGGGAAAUUUGUGGAAUAUCGAAAUUGUCCAUAAAUUUGAACAAUAUGUAUCACAUUUUUCGUUUUAUAUGAUGCAUAUUUUCUUUCAAUAAAUGUGACUGAAAUUGA